AUGUUGCUGCUUCUGUUUGGACUUUUACCAUUGAUUUCAGCCUUUACCUGUCCAGCCAAUACUAUAUAUCAUGCCGAAUUCAACAGAUGCUACAAAUUCUCACCCGACACUCUGCCUUUUUAUAUGGCAGAAGAAGCAUGUCAAACACUCGGAGGACAUCUUGUUUCCUUCCAGGAAGGCCUAGAAAAUGCUAUGGUGGCAGAGACUGCUCAACAACAACGUAUUGGCUCUCCCUUCUGGAUUGGUUUGAACAAACUUAACGGUAACCAGUGGGGUUAUACUGACGGCAGCCAAUUCAGUUUCGCGAAUUGGCAGGACGGCCCACCAGCUCGCUGCCAGUCCGGUUGGACCUACUUCGCUAAGACCAACUCAUGCUAUAAGUACUUUCUAUGGGCAAGCUUCGAGAAUGCCGAGAACGUCUGCAAAGCGAAUGGCGGCCAUUUGGCCUCCAUCCACAGCUUGGAGGAGAAUAACUUUGUGGCAGGUUCAACCAAAAGUCAUUUACGAGUUCGUUCAGUAAAUAGCGCUCCCAUUGAAGUAGAAAUGCUUUUAGGAAUGGGAAUGUCGGGCAUAACAUACACCAAUGACGCGGAUUUAACAUGGAUCGGCUUGAAACAGGCGACGUAUCCGACCAGUAAAGACUGGACAUGGACAGAUGGUAGCCCAGUCGACUUCUUGUUUUGGGCUCCCACACAACCCGAUGACGCAGGAGGAUCUGAACAUUGUGUUGAGGUCAGAUAA